GGAAGCAGCUUGGAGCCGGGGGGAGUAAGGAGAACAGAACUCGAGGGACCAAUCCUCGUUUGUCCAAAUUUUUAAUUAAAAUUAAGGGGCCGUCCCCCGAGAAAAUAAAUUUUCUUUGAGAAAACGUAAGUUUAUCCCACGAAUUUCGUUUCGGACGGCGUUAUUUUAACAGUUCUAAAAUAAAUUUUCUUUGAGAAAACGUAAGUUUGUCCGACGAAUUUCGUUUCAGACGGCGUUAUUUGGCCGGGUGCGCUGCCGGAGUUUUAGACUCAAUAUUCCAAGCGUAAAAACCAAGCUUUUAGCCAUCUCCCCACUUCAGUCUUGCCCCCGUCGGUCUCAAGGGAGAUUCUCUCACCGGAGAAGAGGCAGGGAUUGCCAUGGCGAACUCCGACGCCCAAGUUAGCAGAUCAAGAGACCUCGACAAGCUCCUCCUGAGACCUGGCCACCUCGUUGGCGCUAACUUCGAACCCAGUCCCGAAUUGAGGGACGACAUUGGAAAAUAUGCGAAAGUGUUGGUGGUAGGCGCUGGUGGACUGGGCUGCGAGCUGCUGAAGGACCUCGCCUUGUCGGGUUUUCAAAAUCUCGAGGUCAUUGACAUGGACCGCAUCGAGAUCUCCAACCUUAAUCGGCAGUUUCUCUUUAGGCUUCAAGAUGUUGGAAAGCCAAAGGCUGAGGUAGCAGCACAGCGUGUCAUGGAAAGAGUUAGUGGUGUGAAUAUUGUGCCUCAUUUUUGCCGGAUUGAGGACAAAGACCUUGACUUCUAUAAUGAUUUCAAUAUUAUUGCUCUUGGUCUCGAUUCCAUUGAGGCUCGAAGCUACAUAAAUGCUGUAGCCUGUAGUUUUCUAGAGUACGAUUCUGAGGACAACCCACGAGAAGAAACAAUUAAACCUAUGGUAGAUGGUGGAACUGAAGGUUUCAAGGGCCAUGCUAGGGUUAUCAUGCCAGGUGUCACACCAUGCUUUGAGUGUACUAUCUGGCUUUUCCCCCCACAAGUGAAGUUUCCUUUAUGCACUCUUGCAGAAACCCCUAGAACUGCUGCUCAUUGUAUUGAAUAUGCCCACUUAAUCAAGUGGGAUGAGGUUCAUAAUGGCAAAGCUUUUGAUCCAGAUGAACCAGAACACAUGAAGUGGGUUUAUUCAGAGGCUGUCAAGAGAGCUGAGCUCUUUGGCAUUCCAGGUGUCACAUAUUCUUUGACUCAGGGUGUUGUGAAAAAUAUUAUACCAGCUAUUGCUUCCACAAAUGCAAUUAUAUCAGCUGCGUGCACACUAGAGACCCUGAAAAUUGUGUCAGGAUGCAGCAAAACUUUAUCCAACUACCUAACGUAUAAUGGAGCUGAAGGUCUCCAUACUAAAGUGACUGAAUUUGUUAAAGAUAAGGAUUGUCUUGUAUGUGGUCCUGGUGUUCUAAUCGAGCUAGACCCAUCGGUAACUUUACAGGAGUUUAUUAAACUACUUGAAGUGCAUCCCAAGCUGCUGCUAACAAAAGCUAGUGUUACACAUCGAGGGAAGAACCUUUAUAUGCAGGCACCUCCUGUGCUGGAAGAGAUGACCCGAUCCAACUUAAAUCUACUGCUUUUUGACUUGAUGGGUAAAAUUCCAAAGGAUGUUGUCCAUGUCACUGGUACAACCAGCAAGAAUGACAAGAAAACAUCAUCCCUGAGGAAAUUGUGGGUCAUUUUCAAGAGUGUCGAUGAGGUCACAGAUAUGGACAUGGCUGGCGGUACCUAGUUUUAGAGCGCACCUGGUUUGUUUAUGGGAACAAGAGCUACCUCUAAAGCAUCACAGAGAUUUUAACUUUCUGGAAUGCAGGUGAGGCAAGUUGGAUUCUGCCUUUUCUAUUUUGUAGCAUUUUUCAGAUGUUGAGGAUGGAGUUUUGAACUUAGUACCAGGGAACUAUUGAUAUUUUGGGGUUGUAACUUAAUUUUUUUCCUAAUAUAUGAAGAAAGUAUACCAUGUAAAUUGAAGAUUCAUGUAAAUUAAAGAUCGACUGGUGAGAAA